GCGCUACUCAAACGAAGAGCUCUCAAAUUUCUCAGUUCUCAAAGUAAUCUCUCAAAUUAGCCUUCUCUCUCAAGGCUUUUGGCCCCCAACUUGAUAUUUCUUACAUAAACAGAAGUUACAGAACGCUGCCAUGGACAGUAUUAAUAAUUGGGUGGAGCGCAGUGUUAGAGAAUGGAUGAGUACCUUCAAUGAACGUAUCGCCAGAGCUCGUUGUAGAAGAUUGAUGGAGGAAAUCGUGAUAUUUAUCCGUGACCGUGUAGGCCCUGUGAUUAACAAUCUGAGGGGACAAGUUGAUAGCCUUAAUCGGGAAAUUAGAACUCUCAAGCGAGAAGUUCAAGGACUUAAUCAACAAAGCAGAUCUCUCAACUUGGAGUUGCAACAACUGAGGGAACAGGUGUCCGAGCACCAGAAUAGGCUGAGAACAUUAGAGGAGGAAAAAUGUGAAUUGACAAUGCAACUACUACAGAUUCAGUAAAGCAACACCAACCCAAGGGGCUUCCCUGAACCCUGAUGUCUUCUAUUGAUUCUUGGACACGUUAAUUUGGCCUAAUGGGUGCAUAAUUAGUAUGUUAGUAUGUGAGUACUUUCAACUGCUGUGAAAAUGGUAGUGCUAUUUAUCUGUAGGCACUAAAAAUAGUGUCUGCUGUCCCAGCAAUUGCUUUGUGGGGGAGUUUCCUCUCCUAUAUUCAAAUGGUAGCAUAGGCAGUGAUGAAAGACACAUUUUGUUUGUAGGUUUAUGUAGAUCAAAUAAAGUAAUUGUAGCAACUAGCAAUACACCUUGAUAAAGAUAUUAAUGGUGCUUAGA